AUGACAUCUCAUAGUGUCAAAGUCAAAGCCGAACUCACUGUGGCCGUCGAACGUUUGCAAUUUGCAACACUAUUAGUCGAGCGUAAAAAGGCAAUGAGUGCUCUUCAAUCGUUCGUGCAACAGCUGGAUAUCAAGAUACUACAAGAACGUAAUGAGCGAGAGAAUACAGUUGAAGAGCAAUCACUUGGUCCACUGAUUGUACCUGUUAUAUUAGAAGCUUUAGUCUCAGAUCCAAGAGAUACGGAAUUAAUGGAAACCAUGUUGGAAUUUCUGCAGGUGCUCGUGAGCCGGGCGCCAUCCGUGGCCUUUUUCUUUCUUCAACUACCACCACCACCACCUCAUGUUGCUACUUGGGGGAUGGAAACUUGUCUCACGUUACUUGAAGACCCUUCACCAUGGAUUAAAGGUCCGACCAUUGGUCUUGUAAAAGCGUUACAAGAUGCUCAACCAAGUGCAUUUGCUACAUCGAUUCUAGAGUGUAAAGAAGGACUUCGACGGUUAUUACAAGUGGUGGAAGAUCGACGAGAACAUAUUCGAGAUACUGCGUUAGUCAUUCUUGGACAAUUAACUGGACAAGAGAAGAAUGUGCAACAAUUUUUAGCUUUUGAAGAAGGCUUUGUGAAAUUAUUUCAUAUUAUGGAGACGGAAGGAUUCAUGGAGACGGAGGAGAUAAGUGAUACGAGUUCUGUUGUCUUUGGAGAUUGUCUUGAGAUUAUUAACAAGAUGUUACGAGAUAAUCUCAUGACGCAGACACUUUUUCUAGAAAUGCCGUACAUGGAGACACACGUAUCGAGGAUAUUGAGAGUAUCUGGAAUUCAUGGAGGAAACAUGGAGAAUGAUACGGUCAGAUUUGAAAGAAGAAAGCGUGUCGUGACACUUGGUUUGCAACUUGUCCGGUUUCUCGUGGCAGAACUUUAUGAAAAUACCAACGAAGAGUCCUUGGAUGAAAUGGCAAAGCGAGAUCGUACUCGAAAAAGUAAAGACCUUGCGAGGAUACAAUGUCUUGUGGCUCGACAAGAGGCGCUCAUGGGUGCUAUCGGUGAGCUCGUUUGCUGUCGUAGUGAUGCACUCAUAGAUUUGCGACUUCAGGCACUUGAUUUGCUACGAAGGGUGAGUGAACACAAUGGUGGUGCUCAGAUGAUUUUAGUGAAUCUCUACGCGUCACCAUCAGGGCGUAAUGUUCUUGCAGAGCUUAUGGGUCUUGACGUAGGCAUUGAGAAUAACGAGUCUCCUGUAGCUGCUGCAGCAUCGACUCUGUUGGAUGAAUUAUUUGAAGAAAAUGAAGGUGCGCGUAUGGCUGUACUUCAGCAUAUCCAGAUACAACCCCCACCGCCAUUCGAAAGGGACGACGAAGGCAGUAGCUACGAAUCUCCUUCCAGCUCUUUCUCAGCCGGCCGAGUGCUACUUGAUGCAUUUGUUGUCAACACUGACUUUAUCACACAAUGCAGCAAGAAUAGCGACGUUGAGACGUUGAAUUCGAAGCUAACAAUGGCUUGGAAAGCCAGUCACCGUCUGACAAGGCUGUUAACGGAUAGUUCGUAUUGCAAAGAACUUGCUCUACGAUUGCCAGCAGAGUACGGCGAUCCGCAGGCUCGUGCAGUUGCCGGUGGUCUUUUCCUGUCGCGGUGCAUUCGAAUGUUGCAGAUUAGAUUGGAUGAAGAGUUGGAUCCUGAUGUUCAGUCUAUUGUUUUCCAAGCCAACUUGUCGGUAUUGUUGCUCCUGAUUCGUUGGUGUCAUGACUGUCCUAAGGCUGUUCGCGAAAUAGUAGGGUCCGUGACAAAUUUAUCGGUGCUCGUAGACAUCCUUUCAGCCAAGCAAAGCUCGUCAUCAUCCCGAAGUGCUGCUGAGACGAAGCAGUUGCGAGGCCUUGGUGCACUGCUGCUGGGGUGUUGCUUAGAAUUUUUGUGUGGAGAUGAAGAAGAGCAAGCCUUGAUAGCUGCAAAUACCGCAGUGCCAGCUGCAGUGCUUGAGGAAAAUUUGGGAUCAGAGAUGACUCGGGAUCAGCUUUUACAGAUGAUCAGCAAACGCGUGGGCCUUGAUUGCUUCACGGACGCCUUGAUUCAGUGUCAACAAACUCCUGCAAUGCUAGCAUGUGCUCGAGCCAGUGCAACACAGAGUUCGCGAACUCUGCUGACCUAUCGUGCUACAUACGAUACUAUUGACAUCGUUGCUGCUGUCAAAGGACCGAAUGGUAGCGACAGGGCUCAUUACUUGUUUAUGCUUUACGAGCGAGGCUUCACGAUAUUUUACCGUGAAAUGGCGGAGCAGAUCCAGAAGCGUAUCGUUGCGAUAUAUACUGGAGCUGACAACGUAUCUAGUAGUGUGGAUUCUGGCGCUCCGAAUGGUAUGGGUGCUUAUCAGGACCUCAUCCGUAUGCAAGACAAACAGAUCUCUGAUCUGCAACGUCAAGUGAAAGAGUUGAAGCAGUGCGCGGUAGAUGAAGGAAGCCAGAACAGCGACACUUUGAUCACAAACACGAGUCCCGAUAAAGCAUUAGUAGAGCAGUUGGCUGCACAACGCGAGCAACUUGAGCGUGAAAAGGCAUAUAUGGAGAACAGGAUCAGAAGCAUGUCAGAGUCGGCGCAUGAGAUGGAGACUCGCAUGAACGAGCUCGCGAUGGCUUAUGUGCAGCUAGGAGCAGCACAUCAACAAAGAGAGAAACAGGAACUUGAUGAUACAAGUCCAGUGACGGAAUGCGUGCAAUCUUCUUCGGUGCCGUAUGAUACUUUACAAGCACAGCUUACUACGUUGCGUGCUGAACUAGAUGCGGAGCGAGAGGCUAGCCGACGAUUACGUAGCGAGAUUGCUAGCUUUAAAGAUGUGGCAGCAACUCAUGUUCUUGGUAAAGAAAGCGAAGCUGAUCUUGCUAGUGCACGACUUGUGAAGCAGCUUGAGGAGCAUGAUGUGGAAAGCAAGCGUAAGGAUGAAGAAUUAGCAAAAUGCAAGCAUAUGCUUGAGACGCUUACUGAAGAUCUGGCACUCGUCAAGAAUGAUAAUGAACGGUUGAAGGUACAGCUAGCAGAGGCACUGUCAAGAUGUGGUCAAGUUGGUGAAGCCGAACGUAAAGACAUCGUUGACGGACUGAUUGAAGCGAAGGCACGUUUGGAGGUCCGUGUUGAGGAACUGGAAGCUGCGGCACUCGCCGCCUACGAGAAAGAUCAAGAAGUGCUACGGCAACGAAUCCAUGAAGUUGAGCAAGCACGUCGUGCGAGUUCUGCUUUACUUGAGAUUGUGUUACCAAGCACUGAUACACCUCGCAAGGAAGAAUCAUGGGAGGUGAAUACUGUGGAUCGUUGUUUAAAAGAGUUUGCGUCUACUCGAUCCGAUGACGUGAAGGAGUUGCGUGCUGCUGUCGCUAAUAUAGAUUCAGUAGCGAUGGUGCGCGAAUCCCAGGUGAAGCAAGCCUCGUUCUUGGCAGAAAACGAUAGCCAGUCGCGGCGUGACAAGGAUAAAUACGAUACAACACUGCGUGAGCUAAAGGAGGAGCUAGCUCGUGUUUUGUCCGAAAAGAAAGAUGCUGAGUGCAAGGCAAAGGCUGAAGUAAAAGAGCUAGAAAUCGAGGUAGCGCGCUUACGUCUCAAGAAAGAGCUCGAGAAGGAGCUGGGAUCUCGUCAUUCAAAUGAGGGCUUCCGUGAAGUGAGAAACGGCACAUUUUCUACUUUGAAUGGAUCAUCAUCCGGGAGAUCCAUCGAGUUUGAAAACAGCAAGGACUCGACACUUGAUGAUCUACUGGUGCUGGUUGCAAGUCUAGAAAUCCAAUGCUCUGUACUUUGUGAAAUGUUGAAAGAAGCUCAGGGAGAACAUGCUGUUGCAGUGGCAGUCGAAUUGGCUCGACAGCGCGGAGCUGUUGUCUUGGUUUAA